GCUGGACGAGGACUUGACCUUCGAUGAGGAGGCAGUGGGCGUGGCCAGAAUCCGCCGCGAGGCCGAGGUGGCGCCCGUGGCUCCGCCCUACCAGGAGGUCCCCAGUGCGAAGGCGACGCUGACGAAGAGGCAGAGUGGGUGGGGCUUCUGGGGCAGCAGCUCUGACGAUGAAGACGAUGAUGUCGGUUCGGCUAUCGAAGGCUCCGGCGUCGAGAAGGUCAUCUACCGCGUGAAGUUCCAAGUCAACCUGACCUGGCGGGUCGAGUACAGCAACAAGCAGGGCACCUACUUCCGCGACCUGGCCACCGAGAUCCGAAACGCCUUCGAGAUCAUCCUGAGGCCGGUGUCGGGCGACAAGACGCUCUUCGUCUCGAACAUGAAGCGGACGCCGACGAACUACGUGGAGGUGACGAUGGACAUCAACUACGAGGGCUUCGGCGACCAGAGCGGCGCCCUGGAGCGCAGGAUCCGCGAGGCCCUUGGCACGAGCCGCCUGGGAAGCAUCCCCGUCAACACGCAGUUCUUCCGCUUCGAGGACCACGGGUCUGCAGUGACCUCCCCCACGGCCUGCCCCCCCGGGAAGUGGCGCUGCUCCUCGGGACGGUGCGUGGGGCGCUGCGACGGCCGGGACGACUGCCUCGACAAAUCCGACGAGCAAGACUGCAUCACGUCGUCCUCCUCCUCGAUCACGGGCUCUAAGGCGGAUGAGGGUUGUCGCGGAGAUGACCAGUUCCGCUGUGCAGGUCCCGACGAUGUUUAUGUGUGUGAAGUACAGCGGUGCGACGGUCACGCUGACUGCCCGGAAGGAGAUGACGAAGAAGGCUGCGAUUGUGCGCCAGGGAACUUCGUUUGUGAUGGUGUGAGAUGUGUGCCUAAUGAAAAGAAAUGCGAUGGAACGAGAGACUGCGUGGAUAACUCGGACGAGGAAAAUUGUGCACGACCAACGUGUCGUUCGGACGACCAGGGACCCAGGACGUGUGACGAUGGCACGACCUACGCCUGUUUCUGUGACGGUGUGAGGGAGUGUCCCCGAGGAGAGGACGAGGCCGGGUGCGCCUCAAGCGGGUGCAGACAGGACCAAUUCUCCUGUGACGACGACACGCAGUGCAUCGAGAGCAGCCAAGUGUGCGACGGCGUCCAGGAUUGCUUCGACAACGCUGACGAAGACCCGGCCAAGUGCUUCGUGACACCCGCACGACCAACGUGUCGCUCGGACGACCAGGGACCCAGGACGUGUGACGACGGCACGACCUACGCCUGCUUCUGUGACGGCGUGAGGGAAUGUCCCCGAGGAGAAGACGAGGCCGAGUGCGGCGCCAGCGGGUGCAGACAGGACCAAUUCUCCUGUGACGACGACACGCAGUGCAUCGAGAGCAGCCAAGUGUGCGACGGCGUCCAGGAUUGCUUCGACAACGCUGACGAAGACCCGGCCAAGUGCUUCGUGACACCCGCACGACCAACGUGUCGCUCGGACGACCAGGGACCCAGGACGUGUGACGACGGCACGACCUACGCCUGCUUCUGUGACGGCGUGAGGGAAUGUCCCCGAGGAGAAGACGAGGCCGAGUGCGGCGCCAGCGUGUUGCCAACAACAACGACCUCAACAACCACAACAACCACAACAACGACCUCAACAACCACAACAACACCCGUACCGUCUACAACAACACCUCCUACUACUACAACGACAUCAACAACAACAACGAGAGCACCGCUGCUCACCUGUCCCCAAGGCCAGCAGCAGCUGAUCCGGUGCACCGACGGGGUUACCUUCGCCUGUCAGUGUGACGGGAUCGAGCAGUGUCCAGACGGGGGCGAUGAGGCUUCACUCAUAUGUGACUGCCCCUCCACCAUGUUCUCCUGCGACCAAGGCUCGGUCUGCAUCGAUCUCAGCAAGACCUGCGACAACCGAGCAGACUGCUACGACGGCACGGACGAGCUGGGAUGCGCCACUGUCGUACCUUGCCGUUCUGACGAAUUCACGUGCAAAGACGGGAGUUGCGUCGCUAGCUUCCGCCGUUGCGAUUACAUUCAGGACUGUCCCGACGGCGAGGACGAAUCCUUCUGCCCAUGCGAGCCCCCUAACUUCGAGUGCAUCAGUGGCAUGUGCAUCACGCCGGAGAAGCGCUGCGACGGAGUCAAGCACUGUGACGAUGGCUCGGACGAGGAAGUCAACUGUCCAUGUUCCGAGGGCGAGUUCAGUUGCCUCAACGGCCAGUGUGUGGCCGAGAAUCUGCGGUGCGAUGGCGAGCACGACUGUGACGACCAGUCAGACGAAGUGAACUGCUCAGAAUGUUCCGAAGAUGCUUACCUUUGCGGCGAUAAGCACUGCAUUCCCAAAGAAAACGUCUGCGACGGAGUCACCGAUUGUGAUACCGAUGAAUUAGAGUGCUGUGAAGGAUCAGGGAGUUUCGAGUGUGAAAGUGAUGGCACUUGUCUUGGUUCUGACAAAAUGUGUAAUGGGAUCAAAGAUUGUCCCAAUGGCGAGGAUGAGAAAGGCUGUCCUGGUGAAAUGUGUCAGCCUGGGGAAUACAGGUGCAAGAACGGAGACUGCAUUCCCAUCUCCCAGCGGUGUGACGGCCUCGCCCAGUGCAGGGACCAAUCUGAUGAAUCUGGUUGCCCUUGUCGGUCAGAUCAAUGGACCUGUAGCAGUGGUUCAUGUAUACCAAAUGAAUACAGGUGUGAUGGUAGAUAUGAUUGUCCUGACUACAGUGAUGAAGAUAAUUGUGAUUCAGUAUGCAGUUCAUCAGAAUGGAGAUGUGGGGAUGGAUCAUGCAUACCAAUUACGGGAAGGUGUAAUGGUCGUUAUGAAUGCCCAGACUAUACUGAUGAAGAUAACUGUGAAGUGUGUGGGCCAUUGGAGUGGAUGUGUGGAGAUAAUUCAUGCAUACCAAUAGAGGCAAGGUGUGAUGGUCGAGAUGACUGUCGAGACUACACAGAUGAACUUGACUGUAGAGCUUGUCAUCCGGAUGAAUGGACAUGCGGGAAUAAUGACUGUAUCCCAGGAAAUGAGCGUUGUGAUGGAGUGCCUCAGUGUCCUGAUGGUUCAGAUGAAGAGAACUGCAGACCUGCAUGUGGUCCUGAUGAGUGGACUUGUAGGAAUGGUGACUGUAUCCCAGGCUAUCAGCGUUGUGACAGAACACCUCAGUGCAUAGAUCGUUCAGAUGAAGAGAACUGCAUAUCUGAACCUGCAUGUGAUUCAACGCAGUGGACUUGUGGUGAUGGAACUUGCAUACCCCAAGAAGGCCGUUGUAAUGGACGCUAUGAAUGCCGAGACUAUAGUGAUGAAGAACAGUGUCCAGAAUGCAGUCCUGGGGAAUGGACUUGUAGGAGUGGGGACUGCAUUCCUGCCUCUCAACGUUGUGAUAGAGUACCACACUGCCGUGAUGGUUCUGAUGAAGAGAACUGCCUACCUCCCCCUGCAUGUGGUUAUUUGGAAUGGACUUGUAGGGACGGAACUUGCAUUCCUCAGCAAGGACGAUGUGAUGGUCGUUAUGACUGUCCAGACUAUACUGAUGAGGAAGGUUGCCAACGAGCAUGCACUUCUGGGGAAUGGCGAUGUAGUGAUGGAACCUGCAUUCCACUGCAAGCACGAUGUGAUGGUCGAUAUAACUGUCCAGACUAUACUGAUGAGGAAGGUUGUUCACCAGCUUGUGGUAAUGGGGAAUGGACUUGUGAGGACCGAACUUGCAUCCCACAACAAGCACGCUGUGAUGGUCGUUAUGAUUGUCCGGACUAUACUGACGAAAACGGGUGCCAGUCAGGCUGCAGUCCUGGUGAAUGGACUUGCAGAAAUGGAGACUGUAUCCCUGACUAUCAGCGUUGUGACAGAACACCUCAGUGCCUUGAUCGUUCAGAUGAAGAGAACUGCAGACCUGAACCUGCUUGUGGUUCUGGGGAAUGGACUUGUAGGGACGGAACUUGUAUUCCUGAACAAGCAAGGUGCGAUGGUCUGUAUGACUGUCCAGACUAUACUGAUGAGGACAGUUGCCAAGCUUGCAUGCCAGAAGAGUUUGCCUGUCAUGAUGAUGGCAUCUGCAUCCCAAAGAGCCUGGUGUGUGAUGGGAGACCAUACUGUCGUGAUGAUUCAGAUGAAAAAAACUGUUCUACGCCCUCACAAUGCCCAGAAGGAGAGUUCCAAUGUGCUGAUGGAAUUUGCAUUCCAAGCUACCUUGUAUGUGAUGGUCAUAGCUACUGUAGAGAUGGUUCCGACGAAUGGGGCUGCUCGUCUUGCAAUUCUGUAACGGAAUGGCAGUGUGAUGAUGCCGAGUGUAUUGACCGCAGACUACGUUGUGAUGGCAAACGGGACUGUCCUUAUGACAAUUCUGACGAACGUGAUUGCCCUUACACGUGUCGGCCAGAUCAGUUCCGUUGUGAGAAUGGAGAGUGUCUUGACGCCAGCCAGCGUUGCAAUGGAAGAGAGGAAUGCAAUCGUGGGGAAGAUGAACGAGGAUGUGGUCCGUUCGAGUUCCAGUGUGAUAGUGGACAUUUGAUAGAUCAACAAUACAGAUGCAAUGGUGUUGUUGAAUGUCCAUUAGAUCAAUCAGAUGAAGAAGGAUGCAGAUGUAGGUCUGAUGAAUGGACUUGUAGGAAUGGGGACUGUAUUCCAAGUUAUCAGCGUUGUGAUGGAACACUUCAUUGCAUUGACCGCUCAGAUGAGGAGAACUGCAGGCCAGAACCACCUGGAUGUGGGUCUGGUGAGUGGACUUGCAGGAAUGGGGACUGUAUUCCAAGUUAUCAGCGAUGUGACAGAACACCUCAGUGCAUUGACCGUUCAGACGAGGAGAACUGCAUACCCGAAUGUGGUCCUAGUGAGUGGACUUGUAGGAAUGGGGACUGUAUCCCAGACAGUCGACGUUGCGAUGGAACACCUCAGUGUAUUGACCGCUCAGAUGAAGAGAACUGCAGACCUGAACCACCUGGAUGUGGGUCUGGUGAAUGGACUUGCAGGAAUGGGGACUGUAUUCCAAGAUAUCAGCGUUGUGAUGGAACACUUCAGUGCAUUGACCGCUCAGAUGAAGAGAACUGCAGGCCAGAACCACCUGGAUGUGGGUCUGGUGAGUGGACUUGCAGGAAUGGGGACUGUAUUCCAAGUUAUCAGCGAUGUGACAGAAUACCUCAGUGCAUUGACCGUUCAGAUGAGGAGAACUGCAUACCUGAAUGUGGUCCUGGUGAGUGGACUUGUAGGAAUGGGGACUGUAUCCCAGACAGUCGACGUUGCGAUGGAACACCUCAGUGUAUUGACCGCUCAGAUGAAGAGAACUGCAGACCUGAACCACCUGGAUGUGGGUCUGGUGAAUGGACUUGCAGGAAUGGGGACUGUAUUCCAAGAUAUCAGCGUUGCGAUGGAACACUUCAGUGCAUUGACCGCUCAGAUGAAGAGAACUGCAGGCCAGAACCACCUGGAUGUGGGUCUGGUGAGUGGACUUGCAGGAAUGGGGACUGUAUUCCAAGUUAUCAGCGAUGUGACAGAACACCUCAGUGCAUUGACCGUUCAGAUGAGGAGAACUGCAUACCUGCUUGUGGACCCAAUGAAUUCACCUGUGUGUCCAGUGGCCUCUGUAUCAGUGAAUAUGGGCGUUGUGAUGGUAGACCAGACUGUAGGGAUGGUUCUGAUGAACAAGGCUGUGAAACCCUGUGCCAUCCCGUAGAAGAAUGGCAAUGUGCCAAUGGUCAGUGUAUACCCAGUAGAUAUCGAUGCGAUGGUCGGCAAGACUGCGCUGAUAACUCAGAUGAACUGGAUGCAAGUUGUGUCCUUACAAGUGCACCAGAUACAAACAGCUGCCCUCCACAACAGUUCGCAUGUAAAAAUGGCGAAUGCGUUGACCGGGUUUAUCUCUGUGAUGGGAUCCCAGAUUGCGGAGAUGGAUCAGACGAAAGAGACUGCAUUCCAACAGAAGACGACAUAGUGUGUGGAACCAACCAAUUCCUAUGCAAUUCUGGGGAAUGUAUUAGUGCAAGCAAAAUAUGUGAUAAAAAGAAAGAUUGCAAUGACAAUUCUGAUGAACUACCAUGCGAUUUUGCAGAUAAUCGACAAUGUACGGCAGACGAGUUCAGGUGUAAAGAUGGUGGAUGCAUAGAGAAGGAGUGGAGGUGUGACAAUGUUCCCGACUGCGCUGAUGCCUCGGAUGAAAUUGAUUGUUGCAGUACCAGUGAAUUCCAGUGUGGUGAUGGUUUUUGCAUCCCAGACUUCAAAAAAUGUGAUGGAACCUAUGACUGUAUUGAUGGAUCUGAUGAGCGUGCAGAAUGUGAAUGUCGCACAAAUGAGUUCCAGUGCAAAGAUGGUGCUUGUAUCUCAAGUACAGGGAAGUGCAAUGGCUAUGCAGAGUGCUUGGAUGGAUCUGAUGAACAAGACUGUGGCUGUGGCCCCAUAGAGUGGCAAUGUGAAACAGGAGAGUGUAUUUUCACCACUGAAAGAUGUAAUGGCGUAAGGGAGUGUCCUGAUGGCUCAGACGAAAGGGACUGUCCAGAUUCUUCGAAGCCUUGCUACGAAGGCCAGUUCCGGUGCAGCACUGGCGAGUGCAUUGACAACUCUCGCCUCUGCGAUGGUUACGAUGACUGUGAUGACGGCCAGGAUGAGACUUUUUGUCCCCCCAACUUCAACUUCCCUUCCACCACUACCCCUGUAUAUGCCCCAGACACCUCAGGUUUUGCACAGGGUUGCACUUCUAAUGAGUUCGUCUGUGACUCUGGAGACUGUGUUUCCACUGGAGUUGUUUGUGAUGGGAUUGUUGACUGCAACGAUGGCUCGGAUGAAGCUGACUGCACUGGAACGGCCCGCACCUGUGCUUCUUAUGAAUUUACGUGUGGCGAUGGAACGUGUAUCUAUGACAGUGCAAAAUGUGAUGGUCGCUAUGAUUGUGCUGACGGAUCAGAUGAGCUGGAGUGUUUCCCAAACCGAUCUUGUGAAGACUAUGAAUUCACUUGUGGUGAUGGUACAUGUGUGUCUGUAACUGUACGAUGUGAUGGACAAGAGGAUUGCCGUGAUGGCUCAGAUGAGCUUAACUGUCGUCCGCGUCCUCCACCACGGUGCCAAGCAAACGAGUUUCAGUGUAGAGGUGGACGGUGCAUACCUGAUUAUGCUCGUUGUGAUGGCAAACGAGACUGCCGUGAUGGCUCAGACGAAACUUCAUGCAUUACUACGACAACUACGACUACUCAACCACCAUUUAUACCGUCAGCGAAUCUUUUCCAAUGUGCUGAUGGCAAUUACAUUAACGACUACUUACGCUGCGAUGGAAGAAGAGAUUGUAAUGACGGCAGUGAUGAAGUACAGUGCGCAGGCACCGACACAGUGAACCUGAGAACAUACCCAUCUGAGCAGACCAUCCAGCAGAGUCGUGAAGUGGUGUUCCAGUGCAGAGAUGAAGGUCCUAUACGUGCUCCAGUGCGUUGGUCGAGGGAAGGAAACAGAGCUAUGCCUGUUGGUACAACAGACAACAUGGGACGUUUGACCAUGCCUAACAUCCAGAUUGAGCAUCAAGGCACAUAUUACUGUGAAGCGCAGGGUGUGAGUCCGUCAAUGCCGGGAAGAAAGCCUGUAUAUUUGCAAGUUAUUCCAUAUGUGGCACCAACCUUACCUCCUGUGGUAGUAUGCAGUGUCAUUGAGGCAACAUGCAUGAAUGGACAGUGUAUCGAUAAGGACAAAGUAUGCGACGGAGUCUAUGACUGCGAUGAUGCCUCUGACGAGAUGAGAUGUAAUCCACUAGGAUGUGAACCCAAUGAAUACCAAUGUGACAACAAACGAUGUGUUCUGAAGACAUGGUUGUGUGACUCAGAUGAUGAUUGUGGAGAUGGAUCUGAUGAGAGAGAAUGUGUGACUAAUGCACCAGGAUCAGCAUGCAGAUACAACGAGUUUACCUGUCUCAAUGGCAGUCAAUGUAUUCCAAAAUCUUUCCACUGUGAUGGGGAAGUUGACUGUCUGGAUGGAUCAGAUGAACAGAGGUGCACCAAGCCAAUUGUUGUGGAGCCUCCCCCUCGCAACAUUAUGGUCCAAGUAGGCGAAACAUUCACCAUCACUUGCAGAGUCAUUGGCGUUCCGACUCCAACUGUCAUUUGGAGACUCAACUGGGGACAUGUGCCCGAUAAAUGUCAAAUGACCAGUGUGGAUGGGCAGGGUGCUCUAACAUGUCCAGGUGUUCAGCCAACAGACCAGGGUGCUUAUUCUUGUGAGGCAAUUAACAGCCUAGGUUCAGUCUUUGCUCAACCUGACUGCAUUGUCCAAGUGAAGGGCAGCUCUCCACAGUGUCAGCCACCUCUCUUCAACGCAGGUGCUGUUACUGCAGAGGAGUGCCUCACAUGCUUCUGCUUUGGGGCCACAGAACAGUGCUACUCCACAGACAGAUAUAUUACUCAGUUACCUCCUCCUGCUAAUGAUUCAUAUCAGCUGAUAGGAGUUAAUCAAGACCAGUUCAAGGGCAAUUAUAUAGUGCGUACAAAACAGUAUCAACAAUCCUCACGCUUCCUCAGUCCUCAGUCAUCUAAUGCAGUCCAGCUCAAUGUCGACAGAUCCAAGCUGGAGGGCCCCAGUGACCUCAUUGUGUAUUUCUCCCUUCCUGAUAGUCACAAGGGCCAGCAAUUGACAUCAUAUGGUGGAUACCUUAGAUACAAGAUCAAGUAUUCCAGCACUGUUGCUUCACAGACUAUCAAGGGACCAGAUGUGAUCAUGGUGGGUAAUGACAUCACACUCAUGCAUGUUCAUGAUGGAGACUUCAAGCCUGACUUCGAAAACCAAGUGGAUGUAAGGUUUGAGAUUGGUCAGUGGUUCAAGCGUGUAGUUGGCCGCGGACAAAUUGUUCAGAGCCAAGAGCCGGCAAACAGAGAAGAAAUCAUGAUGGUGCUUGAGAAUAUUGAAUUACUACUGAUUCGAGCACUGUACACUGAUGCUUACUAUGUAGUGUCUACGCUCUCAGAAGUUCAAAUGGAUACUGCUGUCAUUCAUGAUAAUACCCAGGGAAGAGCUGUGUUGGUAGAAGAGUGCCGUUGCCCAACAGGCUAUGUAGGAUUGUCUUGCCAGGAUUGUGCUCCCAACUACAAGCGUGUUUCUGAUGGACCUUGGCUUGGACGUUGUGUGCCAGAUGUUGAAUGCCGCCCUGGAGAGUAUGGAGACCCAGCCAAUGGUAUUCCCUGCUUGCCAUGCCCUUGUCCGCUCACAACACCCACCAACCAAUUUAGCUCCACGUGCUUCUUGGACAGUGAUGGCCAGGUGACUUGUAAUUGCCUCCAGGGCUACCAAGGGCGGCGUUGCGAGGUCUGCGCCAGCGGUUAUGAGGGCAACCCCAAUGUGCCUGGUGAUUCAUGCCGGCCAGUUCCUCCGUCAUGUGAAUGGUAUGAGUUCAUUUGUGGAGACAUGUCAGGCUGCGUUCACAAGGAUAAACGCUGUGAUUCCAACAAGGAUUGUCCCGAUGGCUCGGAUGAGGAGUUCUGUGAGACUGUAUGCAUGACAACCUUCACAUGUCCUGACGGUACAGUCCACCCCUGGUCCCGUCGGUGUGACGGCAUAAAGGACUGCUUCAAUUAUGAAGAUGAGAGGGAAUGUGAUGUGUGCUUUAAUAGUGGCCACAAAUGCAGUGAUCGGCACUGUAUUCAUUUUGAACGCAUCUGUGAUGGGCAUCAGGAUUGUUAUGAUGGAAGUGAUGAGUUUCCUGAGAACUGUCUGGAUUACCUUCCCUGUGACCACAUAAGCAAGUGGACGUGUGAUGAUCGUACUUGCAUCGAUAGAAGAGAUCACUGUAAUGGUGUUUUUGAUUGUCCCGAUGGGUCUGAUGAGCUUUACUGCAACUGCUCUUGCACAUCACCAAAUCAGUUCAAAUGUCAAGAUGGGACAUGUCUGUCAGCCAGAGUCCGUUGUAAUGGUCAAGCAGAUUGCAAAGAUGGAUCAGAUGAAUGGGGAUGUUGCAAUGAAGCCACUGAACAUGCAUGUGGAGAUGGAACCUGCAUUGAUCGUCGCAGAGUGUGUGAUGGCCAGUAUGACUGUUCAGAUUAUAGUGAUGAGCCAUCCUACUGUGCCAGGAACUGUGACCCCAAUACAAUGCAUCAGUGUGGAGAUGGAACAUGUAUAGACCGAAGAAGAGUCUGUGAUGGUCAGUAUGACUGUUCAGAUUAUAGUGACGAGCCUUCCUACUGUCGUGAAAUUUGUGACCCCAAUAAAAUGCACCAGUGUGGAGAUGGAACAUGUAUAGAUAGAAGAAGAGUCUGUGAUGGUCAGUAUGACUGCACCGAUUACAGUGAUGAGCCCUCCACUUGCCAGACAUACUGUGAUGAUCAGUAUGAAUUUACGUGCAGGAAUGGAGAUUGCAUCGAUCGUCGACGAUACUGUGAUGGUUACAGUGAUUGCAGAGAUGGCAGUGAUGAAUACAAUUGCCCGCAGAAAUGUUCUGAGUAUGAGUUCCAAUGUGGUGAUGGCACCUGCAUAGAUCAAAGACAGUUAUGCGAUGGAAGGGCUGAUUGUAGGGAUAGUAGUGAUGAGAGUCAACAGGCAGGAUGUUGCGUUGGUCCCUAUUACUUCCAGUGCCGCAAUGGAGAUUGCAUAGAUGCCAGUCUAGUCUGCGAUUAUCGCGAAAAUUGUUAUGAUGGUUCUGAUGAAUAUGGUUGCUCUGUAGACUGCAAUCCAUCUGGUAGCUACUCCGUUCAAGCAGACCCUGUCACUGGUCUUUGUCAAUGCAAG